GUGUGUGCGCGCAUACGUUCAUGCACACACACUCAGCAGGAAACACUGAGUUCUUGUGUGUAUGUGAGUUUGUGUGUGUGUGUGUGUGUGGGAGAGAGGAGUGUUGAGUUGAGCUGAGAAGUGCCACACACUUCCACUUUAGCACAGAGAGAGGGAGUGUGUGUGUGCGAGAGAAAGCACCCGCGUGUGUGUGUGUGUGUGUGAGAGAGCCUGGCCAGGAUGGAGCGGGACUAAAGAAGAAGGGAGCGGGUGAAAAGAAGUGUUUACACAGAACCGAAAAAGAAAAGUGUUGAAAAGGGAGAACAUUUUGUUCUUUGUUUUUUCUCCAGUUUCUUUUUUUUUUGCAAAGGAGAGGACUAGAAAGAAAGGACUAACUCUCUGGACAAAAAAAAAGAGGAGGGAAAUUUUUCUUUCGCUCGGAAACGGCGGCUAACACCACACGGAAUGACGUGAAAAACAGAUGAACGGCAAGAUAAAAAAGAAGCUGGAUUUUUCACCGUCUAAAAAAAGACCCUCCCGCUCGCUCUCGUUUUUUUUCUCGCCGCUCGUCCACCCACUGGUGACCCACCUGGAGAGCUUCGCUCCACUCCUCUGUUCUCGGCGGUUGGCUAGUAGUCCUGACUGGACCUCCUCUCUCUCUCUCUCUCUCUCUCUCUCUCCCACUCCCCCUCUGGACCAGGAGGCUAUGCUGGGGAGAAGCCUGGCGAGCCGAAACUUGCCGUGCUUGUACCGGUGCACAUGUAAUUGAGAGUUUAGUGUGAGUGUUGCGGUUAGCUUUUUUUUUGGGAUAGAGUGUGUGUGUGUGUGUGUGUGUGUGUGUGUGUGUGUGAGUGUGUGUAAGAUAUGGAGUACGACCAGCGAUCGGCCUCUCCUGGCCUCUCUCCUGCCGCGUUUGUCAACCAGGUGCAGUACUCCAACAUACUGGAGGGACGCUUCAAGCAGCUGCAAGAUGAGCGAGAGGCCGUGCAGAAGAAGACCUUCACCAAGUGGGUGAACUCUCACCUGGGCCGCGUCACCUGCCGCAUCGGCGACCUCUACACGGACCUGCGCGAUGGACGCAUGCUCAUCCGCCUGCUGGAGGUUCUCUCUGGAGAACAGCUGCCCAAGCCCACUAAGGGGCGCAUGCGUAUCCACUGCCUGGAGAACGUGGACAAGGCGCUGCAGUUCCUCAAGGAGCAGAAGGUGCACCUGGAGAACAUGGGCUCCCACGACAUCGUCGACGGCAACCACCGCCUCACGCUUGGACUCAUCUGGACCAUCAUCCUCCGCUUCCAGAUCCAGGACAUCAGCGUGGAAACAGAGGACAACAAGGAGAAGAAGUCGGCCAAAGACGCGCUGCUCCUCUGGUGUCAGAUGAAGACCGCAGGGUAUCCCAAUGUCAAUGUGCACAACUUUACCACCAGCUGGAGAGAUGGCCUCGCGUUCAACGCCAUCGUCCACAAACACAGAUCGGACCUGAUCAAUUUUGACAACCUGAAGCGCUCCAACGCUCAUUAUAACCUGCAGAAUGCCUUUAACGUGGCCGAGAAGGAGCUGGGACUGACCAAGCUACUGGACCCCGAGGAUGUGAAUGUGGACCAGCCUGACGAGAAGUCUAUUAUCACCUAUGUGGCCACGUACUACCACUACUUCUCCAAGAUGAAGGCCCUGGCUGUUGAGGGCAAGAGGAUUGGCAAGGUUCUGGACUAUGCCAUCGAGGCGGACCAGCUGAUCGGGAAUUACGAGACCCUGGCGUCCGAGCUGCUGCAGUGGAUCGAGCAGACCAUCGUCACGCUCAAUGACCGGCAGCUGGCCAACUCCCUCAGUGGCGUGCAGAACCAGCUCCAGGCCUUCAACACCUACCGUACCGUCGAGAAGCCUCCCAAGUUCACUGAGAAGGGGAACCUGGAGGUGCUGCUGUUCACCAUCCAGAGCAAGAUGAGGGCCAACAACCAGAAAGUCUACAUGCCCAGAGAGGGCAAGCUCAUCUCGGACAUCAACAAGGCAUGGGAGCGUCUGGAGAAGGCGGAGCAUGAGCGCGAGCUGGCGCUGAGGAACGAGCUGAUUCGCCAGGAGAAGCUGGAGAUGCUGGCGGCUCGCUUCGACCGCAAGGCGGCCAUGAGAGAAACCUGGCUGAGCGAGAACCAGCGUCUGGUCUCACAGGACAACUUCGGAUGUGACCUGGGCGCGGUGGAGGCGGCCACGCGGAAGCACGAGGCCAUCGAGACGGACAUCGGGGCGUACGGGGAGCGCGUGGCGGCCGUGGAGGCGGUGGCCCGCGAGCUGGAGAAGGAGAGCUACCACGAGGUGCGGCGCAUCGCCGCCCGCCGGGACAACGUGCUGCGCCUCUGGGAGUACCUCAAGGAGCUGCUGGCGGCCCGCCGAGAGCGCCUCAACGCCCACCGAGACCUGCAGCGCCUCCUGCAGGAGAUGAGAUACAUCAUGGACUGGAUGGCCGACAUGAAGGGCCGGCUCCAGAGUCAGGACAGCGGUAAGCACCUGCACGAUGUGGAGGACCUGCUGCAGACGCACAACCUGGUGGAGGCCGACAUCUCCGCUCAGGCCGAGAGGAUCAAAGCGGUGCAGGCCAAUGCACAGCGCUUCACAUCCGAUGGACAGGUCUAUAAGCCGUGCGACCCGGCGCUGGUCAGCGAGAAGGAGGUGCAGCUGGGCCAGGCCUACGAGGAGCUGGGCCUGCUGGCCGGCUCGCGGCGCGCCCGGCUGGAGGAGUCGCGGCGCCUGUGGCAGUUCCUGUGGGAGCUGGGCGAGGAGGCGGCGUGGAUCCGCGAGCAGGAGCAGAUCCUGGCCGGCGGCGACUGCGGCCGCGACCUGUCCUCGGCGCUGCACCUGCUCAGCAAGCACGAGGCCUUCCGCGACGAGAUGGCCGCCCGCUACGGCCCGCUGGGCCACAGCAUCGCCGCCGGCGAGCAGCUGGUGCGCGAGGGCCACUCCGGCGCCAGCGAGGUGACCGAGCGGAUCGCCGACGUGCGCGCCCAGUGGGCUCACCUGGAGGAGACGUCCCUGCUCAGGGAGCAGAAUCUGAAGGAGUCGGUGGCCCUGCACCAGUUCCAGACCGAUGCCAACGACAUGGAGGCCUGGAUCAUGGAGACACUCAGACAGGUGUCCAGCCCGGAGGUGGGGCACGACGAGUUCUCCACCCAGACUCUGGCCCGCAAGCAGAGGGAGGUGGACGAGGAGAUCCAGAGCCACCGGCCCCUCAUCGACUCCCUGCAUGAGCAGGCCCUCGCACUGCCCGCAACCUUCGCGCAGUCACCGCAGGUGGAGGGCCGUCUGCCUGCCAUGGAGCAGCGCUACGAGGAGCUGGAGUCGCUGUCGUCGGCGCGGCGCCGGGCCCUAGAGGGCGCUCUGGCGCUCUACCGCAUGUUCAGCGAGGCCGGCGCCUGCCAGCUGUGGGUGGAGGAGAAGGAGCAGUGGCUCCACACCAUGGAGAUCCCCACCAAGCUGGAGGACCUGGAGGUGGUGCAGCAGAGGUUUGAGACUCUGGAGCCAGAGAUGAAUAAUCUGGGCACUCGCGUGACAGAUGUCAACCAGGUGGCACAACAGCUGCUGAAGUCUGACGACCGCAGCAAAGACCAGAUUAACCAGACACAAGACCAGCUCAAUAACAGGUGGAAGGAGUUCCAGGGGCUGGCCGACCAGAAGAAGCAGGCCCUGGAGUCGGCCCUCAACAUCCAGAACUACCACCUGGAGUGCAACGAGAUCCAGACGUGGAUGAAGGAGAAGACCAAGGUGAUCGAGUCCACCCAGGGCCUGGGCAACGACCUGGCCGGCGUCAUGGCCCUGCAGCGCAAGCUCACCGGCAUGGAGCGAGACCUGGAGGCCAUUCAGGGCAAGCUGGACGACCUGCGUAAGGAGGCGGAGAAGCUGACGGAGGAGCACCCGGACCAGGCCCAGGAGAUCCAGCUGCGCCUGGCCGAGAUCCAGGACGUGUGGGAGGAGCUCAACGCCACCAUGAAGAAGCGUGAGGAGUCGCUGGGCGAGGCGUCCAAGCUGCAGGGCUUCCUGCGCGACCUGGACGACUUCCAGUCGUGGCUGUCGCGCACGCAGACGGCGGUGGCGUCCGAGGACAUCCCCACGUCGCUGGCCGAGGCCGAGCAGCUGCUGGCGCAGCACGAGGCCAUCAAGAACGAGGUGGACAACUACCGCGAGGACUACGAGCGCAUGCGCGCCACCGGCGCCGAGGUCACCCAGGGCCAGACGGACGCCCAGCACAUGUUCCUGGCCCAGCGGCUGCAGGCGCUGGACACCGGCUGGCACGAGCUGCGCCGCAUGUGGGAGAACCGCCACGCGCUGCUGGCCCAGGCCUUCGACUUCCAGACCUUCCUGAGGGACGCCAAGCAGGCCGAGGGCUUCCUCAACAGUCAGGAGUAUGUGCUGUCCCACACAGAGAUGCCCUCCAGCCUACAGGGGGCGCUGGAGGCCAUCAAGAAGCACGACGACUUCAUGACCACCAUGGAGGCCAGCGAGGAGAAGAUCAACGGCGUGGUCGAGGCCGGCCGCCGCCUCGUCUCCGACGGCAACGCCAACGCAGACAAGAUCCAGGAGAAGGCUGACUCCAUCCAGGAUAGGCACCAGAAGAACAAGGAGACGGCCAGCGAGCUCCUGAACAAACUGAAGGACAACAGAGAGCUGCAGCACUUCCUCCAGGAUGGACAGGAGCUCACUCUCUGGAUUAACGAAAAGAUGCUGACGGCUCAGGACAUGUCCUACGACGAGGCCCGUAACCUCCACAGCAAGUGGCAGAAGCACCAGGCCUUCAUGGCAGAGCUGGCCUCCAACAAGGACUGGCUGGACAAGAUCGACAAGGAGGGUCAGGCCCUGGUGAGCGAGAAGCCCGAGCUGGAGCCGGUGGUGCGCCAGACGCUGGAGGGCCUGCAGAAGCAGUGGGAGGAGCUGGAGAGCACCACGCAGACCAAGGCCCAGUGCCUGUUCGACGCCAACCGGGCCGAGCUCUUCACGCAGAGCUGCUCGGCGCUGGACACCUGGCUGCAGAACCUCUCCUCGCAGCUGCAGAGCGACGACUUCGGCAAGGACCUCACCAGCGUCAACAUCCUGCUCAAGAAGCACCAGAUGCUGGAGCACCAGAUGGAGGUGCGUGAGAAGGAGGUGCAGUCGCUGCAGUCCCAGGCGCUGGCCCUGGCCCAGGAGGACUCUGGGAUAGCGGAGGUGGACGGCCAGCAGCGGCGCGUGGCCGACAGCUUCUCCCAGCUGCAGGACCCCCUGCACCAGCGACGCCAGCAGCUCCUCGCCUCCAAGGAGGCGCACCAGUUCAACAGAGACCUGGAGGACGAGAUCUUAUGGGUGAAGGAGAGGAUGCCCCUGGCCAACUCCACAGACCAUGGCAAAGACCUGCCCAGUGUGCAGCUCCUCAUCAAGAAGAACCAGACUCUCCAGAAGGAGACCCAGGGCCACCAGCCGCGCAUCGACGACAUCCUGGCCCACGGGCGCAGCAUGGCGUCGGGCACGGACGGCAGCAGCGACGGGGCCGAGCGCCACGCGGCGCUGGAGGGCCGCCUGGGCGAGCUGGGCGAGCAGUGGGCGCAGCUCAUCGCCGAGACGGACGAGCGCUUCUCGCGGCUGCAGGAGGCCAACCGGGCGCAGCAGUUCUACGCCGACGCCGCCGAGGCCGAGGCCUGGAUGGGCGAGCAGGAGCUGCACAUGAUGUCCGAGGAGAAGGCCAAGGACGAGCAGAGCGCGGUGGUGAUGGUGAAGAAGCACCAGAUCCUGGAGCAGGCGCUGGAGGACUACGCCCAGACCAUCCACCAGCUGGCCAACAGCAGCCGCUUCAUGGUCACCGGGGAGCACCCCGAGAGUGAGCGCAUCACGCUGCGUCAGGCGCAGGUGGACAAGCUGUACGCGGGGCUGAAGGACCUGGCCGAGGAGCGGCGGGGCCGUCUGCAGGAGCGCCUGCGGCUCACGCAGCUCAAGCGCGAGGUGGACGACCUGGAGCAGUGGAUCGCCGAGAGGGAGGUGGUGGCCGGCUCGCACGAGCUCGGACAGGACAUCGAGCACGUCACGAUGCUGCGCGACAAGUUCCGCGAGUUCGCCCGCGACACCAGCACCAUCGGCCAGGAGCGCGUGGACGCCGUCAACGGCCAGGCGGACGACCUGAUCGAGUCGGGCCACCCGGAGAACGCCAGCGUGGCCGAGUGGAAGGACGGGCUGAACGAGGCGUGGGCCGACCUGCUGGAGCUGAUCGACACGCGCACGCAGAUGCUGGCGGCGUCCUACGAGCUGCACCGCUUCCACCAGGACGCGCGCGAGGCGCUGGGCAGGGUGCGGGAGAAGCGCGAGGCGCUCAGCGCCGACCUGGGCCGCGACCUCAACACCGUGCAGCACCUGCACCGCCAGCACAACGCCUACGAGCACGACAUCCAGGCACUCAGCGGACAGGUGACACAGGUGCAGGACGACGCUGCCCGCCUGCAGAAGGCGUACGCCGGCGAGAAGGCCGAGGACAUCCACCGCCACGAGCGCGCCGUCACCGAGGCCUGGGAGGGGCUUCUGGCUGCCGGCCAGUCCAGGCGGGUGCUCCUAUUGGACACCGUGGAGAAGUUCCGCUUCUUCAACAUGGUGCGCGACCUCAUGCUCUGGAUGGACGGGGUUAACCUGCAGAUCCAAUCACACGACAGUCCAAGGGAUGUUUCGUCUGCUGGGCUGGUCAUUGCCAACCACCAGGACAUCAAGUCUGAAAUCGAGACCAGAGCAGACAGCUUUACCGCCUGCAACGAGAGGGGCAACUCCCUCAUCAACAAAAACCACUACGCGGCAGAUGAGAUCCGGGAGAAGCUGGACCAGCUCCAGGCGAAGAGAGACGAGAUCAACCAGAAGUGGCAGGACAAGAUGGACCACCUGCAGAUUGUCCUGGAGGUGCUGCAGUUCAGCCGCGACGCCUCAGUGGCUGAGUCGUGGCUGGCGGGCCAGGAGCCACUGGUGCGGGCGGCCGAGCUGGGUGCCAACGUGGACGAGGUGGAGAGCCUCAUCAAGCGCCACGAGGCCUUCGAGAAGCUGGCCGCCGGCUGGGAGGAGAGGUUCACCCUGCUGGAGAAGCUCACCACGCUUGAAGAGCAGGAAAGGCUGAGAAUUCUAGAGGAAGAGGAGAGAGCAAGGCGACCUCCUACACCACCCCCAGCUGAAGUGGUCGCCUCUGACAUAGAUACUGUGGCCCACGACUCUGCAGCCAGAACUAGUCUGGACCAGACUACACUCAAUCAGUCGGUAUCUGUGAAUGGAGUUCACAGUGACCAGGACACCUCACAGUCGUUGUCAGUGUCAAUGUCAGAGCUCAAGAAGCCUGAUCCUAAGCCCGUGUCUAAACCUAUGUCUAAGCCCAAGGCACAGGAACGUGGCUCCGAGUCUGAGUCGGUGAACGGGCCCGGGCGCGACAGCGGCCUCCCGUCCUCGUCCCGGCACGACCCGUCGGCCACUCUGCCCGGGAAGGGGAGCGCGGACGGCACCGAGGCCAUGGAGGGCAUGCUGUGUCGCAAGCACGAGAUGGAGUCCCACAGCAAGAAGGCCGCCACCAGAUCCUGGCAGAACGUGUACUGCGUGCUGAGGAAGGGAAGCCUGGGCUUCUACAAGGACAACAAGAGCGCCUCCAACGGCAUCCCGUACCACGGCGAGGUGCCCAUCAGCCUGGGCGAGGCCACCUGCGAGGUCGCCCACGACUACAAGAAGAGGAAACACGUCUUCAAGCUCCGGCUCGGAGACGGCAAGGAGUUCCUGUUCCAAGCCAAGGACGAGCCUGAGAUGAGCUCGUGGAUCCGGGGCAUCCACUCGUCCAUGCAGUCGGGCUCCGGCGGGGCGGGCGACCACUCCCCCGGUGGCCCCCGCGGCCUGAGCCGGGCGAUGACCAUGCCCCCCAUCUCGCCCAGCUCCGGCGACACCGGCGGCGUGACCAUGCGCAACAAGGACGGCAAGGAGAAGGACCGCGAGAAGCGCUUCAGCUUCUUCGGCAAGAAGAAAUAAAACAAAACAUUAAACAUAAACAAAACAACAACAACAAUGUCAGACACCAAAACGAAAAAAAACGGCAACAGCUACAACUUCCUUACUACUACUUGUACGUAAAUAGCAAAGAACACACAACCACAACAUCAAAACUCAAAAUGAACUGAUAACAGCCCGAGGAAAAAAAAAGGAAAAAAAAGGCACUCUCAACUCAGUCAGAUGCAUUCUCUUUCUAUUUUAGCCCUCUCUUUCUUUUCCUUCUCUCUUUCUCUCUCUCUCUCUCUCUCUCUCCUUCUUUCUUUCUUUCUUUCUUUCUUUCUGUGUGUUUCGGUCAAAGAGAGUGUCACUGAAUGUGUUGCUCCAAACUGAUGUCUCCUUCAAUAUUUCUGUCUUUUUAUCUAUUUAUUGUCUCUUCAUUUUUCAGACAGCUCUCCAUCAGUUGAGCCCUGCCUCUUGGCUAAGAUGCCAUUUUUUUGGCCAAUUAGAAAGUCUUGUGAGCAUCAGGAAAUGUAAGGUCUGUAGUCUUAAAGCAGUGGCUGUGACCACUACACUUUUUAAAAACAAUGCUUAUUUUAUUUUUUUUUGUGGGAGGGGUGGGGGGUGUUGCACAGGUGGAAUUGACAAACAGCUUCCCUGGAGCUUAGAAAUACUCUGUGUGUAGUAAUCCAGAUAUUUCCCCCCCUCGACUCCUCUCCGCUUUCGAAUGAAUGUUGAGGUGCCUGAUCUGGUAAGGCUUGCUGUUGUGUGAGUCAGGCCUGCUGUUCUGAAUCGCAGAUCACCUGGAAGAAAGGUGCUCUCCAGCACUCUUUUUAAACUCUCCCAUUCGCUGCACUGCUCUAUCUUUUUCUUUCUUUCAUCUUUUUUUCUCAGUUGAUUCUCUUUCUUGCUCUCUCUCUCUCUCUCUCUCUCUCUCUCUUUGUGAAGGAUCACAUACUCAUUUUGUUCUUUUUUGGUAUUGGUGUUAUUUGCAUUACCAAUAAUUAUUACUGUUAUUAUUAUUAUCAUUAUUAUUAUUAUUUAUCUUUUUGCUGUUGCAGAUUUUGAGAAAAUAUUUAAAGAAAUUGUAAGUAUAGAUAGUCCUGUUGUAAGAGGUGAAAAGAAAAUCUGAUUGGUUGAAACAGUGGGACCAUGUUGGUCACUGUUCUUUUUGUUUCUGUUUGUGCGCAGAUUUCUCCAUUAGGGAAAAUGGCCUUAAUUGCAAAGGUGUUUUCUUUUAAAAAAAAAAUAAAACGGUGCAGUUGUGUUUUGCAGUGUGCAGGAAUUAACAAAAUACAGCAUCAUUUGGGUGGGUGGGGACUCAAUUUUUUUAAAGUGGAUUUAUUCUUUUCUCUGUCUGAAUAGAUCUUAACCUAAUGCUCUUUCUAUCUCUCUUUUGAGGGGGUUUCUAUCCGUUUUUUUUAUUUUCAAGUUGUCUGUUGUCUUUAUUUUCUCCUCCCCCAUUUUUUCCUAAGACAGUCAAUAAUUUGGUUUGUUGUGAGGGUGAGGUUAUUUUUUUAUUAUUAUUAUUAUUAUUUCUUGUGGUGCCGUGGUUUGCACACAGUUUGCUUUUUUUAGUUUGGUUCGGAGGCAUCUGCUUGGGUGCUUGUCCCUUAACCACACCCCCACAAACAGACACCGACACACACAACUCGCACUCGACGUGCAACACGUCAAGAGCUGUGCAGAGAGAGCGGUCACAGUGCGACUUGAGGGGGUUUCUUCUUGUUUUUUCUCGCAUCUUUUUUUCCUGUUUGUUUGGCUUGACUAUGUAGUUGAUAAUGAUAAGUUUCUAAUUAAACGUUCCUCUUAGUUGAU